UGUCACCUAUGAAGGGUGUUAUGAGAUUCGGCAAGAAAGGGAAGCUCAGUCCGAGAUAUAUUGGACCGUACCAGAUUGUUCGCACAAUAGGCAAGGUUGCCUAUGAGUUAGAUCUGCCAGCUGAUUUGGGAGCGGUACACCCGGUAUUUCAUGUUUCUAUGCUUCGUAAAUGUAUUGGUGACCCUUCCAGAGUAUUUCCUGUAGAUGAUAUCCAGAUCACAGAGGAGCUAUCUUAUGAGGAGCAGCCUAUAGCCAUAUUGGAUCGUCAGGUAAAAAGGUUGCGGAACAAAGAUAUGGCUUCUGUUAAAGUGCUGUGGCGGAAUAAUAACCGAGAGGAAGUGACCUGGGAAGCUGAGGAGCAGAUGAAGAAGAAGUAUCCUCAUUUGUUUUCAGCGCCUACAGACCUUGGGCAGCCCGAAUCGUAGGUUGGAUUUAUCUUGAGUUUGGAUUAUAUUGGAG